CGUUGUUUAAAUAAGUUUUAAUUAAUCGUUUUCAAUCAUUUUGUCCCGUUUCUUUGGGAAUCCUUGUAACGAUCUCAAUCAUUAUAACUAUGUCAAUCUUUAAACGUAUUAUAAAUAAAAAAAAUAAUCUUUUCUAUCAAUUUUGUGGAUUGAUACUUAUUAAAUUUAUAAUUGCUUUGUAAUUAAUUUUGUGCUCAGUCAUAAAUCUCUUAAUUGUCAUAAAAUUGUGCAACUUUGUUGUGCUAUUAAUCAAAGUUUGGUUUCUGCUAUCCAAACUGUAAUUGCAUGUGUUUGAAAAUCGUCGUGCAUCAUGGAUGCACUAUAUAUGCGGACGCGUAACUACUCACGCUACGUGAAACCGCAUGUUGCAUGUGUGUGUGUUCGUAUACAGCCCUCCACGCACCCUGCCAACCGACAGUAAACAAUAAACAGAAACAUAACCUCGAUGAUUAAUACAGAAGUUUUUAUUCGAGGGAAGUUUUAAUGGAUACGUUACUAUGACGUGUUUGAAGCUAAUGAAUUAAUGAAUAUGUAAUAUAGAUACAGUAAUGAAAUAAAUAAUAUUAUAAUUUAUAUUAAGGGACUGAUAUUUUGCUUCCCUUUGAUUUUAAUCGUGCAAGUCAAAUAAUGUAAUAUAAAUAGGUUUUUAUAAGAUUAUAUCCAUUUAAGACGGACAAAACCCCAAGUAGUAAAAUGGAUUCAUCAAGGAGUGUUACCAGUGGUACGGGAGAUAGAAAGGACGAUGAAGACUUGUCGCCAGAUGCUUUAGUCAGGCAAAAUUUUGAACUGCGUCAUCGUCUUGAAGAGGAAGCCGCUAAUUAUAAAAGGAGAUUAGACACGUAUAGGCAAGCACAGCAACAUCAGGCAGCUCUUGUUUCCCGUUUACAAGCCAAAGUUUUACAAUAUAAACAAAGAUGUUCAGAACUUGAAAAUCAGGUCGCAGAAACCAGUGCAUUUGAUUCGAAUAAACUCUCUUCUUCUAUACCAGUGGUAACUACUCCAUUAGAUGCAGCACAUCAAACAUUAAGGGAUAUGCGUGAAGAACAGAUUCAUGAUUUAGAUACUGCCUUAAAAAAACUCGCAGACGAACGGAAAAAGUGUGAAACAUUGUUACAAAUUAACACAACAUUAAAGGACCAAUUGGAAGAAUCGCAUCAAACGAACGAGGCGCUCACCAAUGAUCUACAGAAGUUAAGCAAUGACUGGGACAUACUGAGAGAAGAACUAGCUAUCAAAGAAGACGAAUGGAGAGAAGAGGAGCAAGCAUUUAAUGAAUAUUACACUUCAGAGCACAAUAGAUUGUUAAACCUUUGGCGCGACGUUGUUUCCGUAAAACGAUUAUUUGCAGAGAUAAAAUCUAGUACAGAAAGGGACUUGUUAAAAAUGAGGAACAAUAUUAAUUGUACUUUCAAUGAUGUCUCAUCAGUGUGUACUAACAUAGGAUUUGCUAUGAAGAUGCAGGCUGCUGUAAACCCAAUGAUAUCCCAACAAGUUCAACACGCACAGGAACAGGAAACGACCGACUUGAAAAUGGAAUUAAACACGCUUAAACAACAGUACGAUGUAGCUCAAAACGAGAUUCGUGUAAAGGAAGACAAAAUCAAUCAGCUCAUUCGUGACAUUCACACUUUGGAGGAAAGGUGUGGAGAGGCAGAGGCGGAAGUGCAUCGGAACGUCCGUGUACACGAAGAAGUUGAAAUUUUACAAUCAGCAUUGAGAGACAUAGCGCACGCUGUAAUUCAAGAUGCAGAAACACGCGAGAUUGAAAGUACUCAGGCGCCGCCGCAUCUCCAUCUAACUCCUAGCGUUUCCAUCCCCCAGAAAUCACCGAAAAGAGGUACAAGAAGCACCACCACCCCAGCCUUUGCUGAAAGUACAAUCAGUGCUGUACAAGCAGCUCUGCAUAAAUAUCAAUUGACUAUACACGAGCUUCAGGUGAAAUUACAAACUAACAAGGAACAGCUGUUGACCACUCGAAAGCAAUGCGAGAAUGCCGAAGAAAAUAUCAAAACUCUGGAGAAACGGGUGGAAGAGUUGAUCUCUGAAUUAGACACGGCACGAUCGCAAUGCUCGCAACUUAACCAAGAGAAAGAUAUGCUACAAAAAGGUCUCGAUACCGUAAGGGUAGAAAAGAAUGCGCUUGAUAAAAGUAGAGUUGAAAUUAAUAGUAUGAUGGAGAAUCUGAACAACGAUUACGAGAAAUUGCAGAAAACUAACAAUAAAUUACAAAAACUCUGUGAUAAUCUUGAGGACGAGAAACUAUAUCUGCAAAGCGAAUUGAGUAGAGUUACCAAAGAAGCGGAAUUACGGGAGAUAAACCUUCGUUCGGAGGAGGACAGAUGCAGCAAAAUGAGGGAGGAAUUGUUGACUUUACGAGAAGAGUUAAAUAAAACGUAUCUUGCCAAAGACAUGUUGGAGCAACAGAAACUAGAAACAGACGGUCUAAUUUCUCAAAUUGAAAAGAGUAAAGGGGAUUUGGAACUGGAGUUAGAACGUGUAAUGUUGGAGAAGUCAGACGUGCAAGAGGUCUUAAUGAAGCUGGAAUCGCUUUGUAGCAAUCACGAGCAAGAAAAACAGAGACUGCAGGAAGAACUGAAGAAGGUGACGGAGGAAAAGAAUAAGUUAACAAGUCAAUGCGCGGAUCAACAAAGUGAUUUAGGCUCCUUGAGGAAGGAACUGCUUCAGGCCGAGCAAAUUAGACUGGACUUGGAAUCAGAAAAAGUCACGUUGAACGAGAAAGUGAAGUUUUUAGAAAUCGAGAAGGAGAAAACUGAAAUAGAAUUGGCACAGGUCACACGCGAACGUGGAGAUCUGAGCAAUCAGUUGUCGGUUUUAGCGCGGAAGAAGGAGACGUUGAACGAGGAAUUGAUGAGACUCAGGCAGAGAUUGGAACAGGCAAAUGAGAUGAAUGGGAGGAUCAACCGGAAUUUGGAAGAUUUAAUUAAAGACAACGAAGAGAAACAGGUGCUUCUGGAAACCAAUGAGAAAGAAGUUCAACGUUUGCAAGAACAGCUUGCAUCGAUGCGCAGCGAAAAGGAAACGCUGGAAGGUGUCCUGUUCGACACGCAAACCAAUCUAGAAAAUAUGCACGUGAAGAAGACUCAGUUGGAGAAGGAACAGAAAGAGCUGUUGGUCAACAAGGAGAACUUAAAGGGCCAAGUCGAGAGGCUGAUGAAGGAUUUAGACAACAGCGAGAAACGAGCACAAGAGAUGAGGCAAAGUUUGACGCAGCAAAGCGGCGAUCAAGAGGCUGAAUUCCACCACAUUAUUUCUAACUUGAAAAAGCAUAGCGAGGAUAACAUUAAAAAGCUGAGCGAAGAAAAAGAACAAGUGAAAAUAAGCUUAGAGAAGCGACUUCAACAAUCUCUGUCGCAACUUACUGGAGAGAAGGAUAACGAGAUUAAUCAGUUGCAGCAAAGAAUAGACGAGCUCCAGCAACAAAUAGAAAAUUUGUGUCAGCAGCACGAAGAGGUUCUUCUCAGAGCAGAAAAUGACAAGCAGCAAGCUCUUCUGAUGGCUCACCACGAUCAACAGGCAUUAAUGGAGAAACUCGAAGGCGUUUUACGAGAAAUGGAAGAAGAAAAGAACAACGUGGAGAGGAUAAAAAGGGAGGCAGCUGCGCGUGCCGAGCAAGAACGUAACAAUACCAAGCAAUGGCGUGACGAAUUGAGUCGUCUCAAGACAAAAUUGGACGAGAAUAAAUUGAGAUCCGACGAAGAAAAAAUAAAGCUCGAUUUGAAGAUCGAGGAACUCUGGAAGGAACGCGAGUCAGCGCAACGGGAAUCGGAGGAGCUGCAAGUUCAGUUGCAUAUGACGGAAGACAGGGUCGAUAGUUUACAAAAUCAGCUGCACGAGACAGUCAGAAAACUUAAAGAUGCUGAAACUCUUAACGAAACCUUGCGCAAGGAAUUGGUGGAUGUCAGAAGACAAUUAGCUGACUCCACGUACGAGAAGGAAAAGUACCACAACAGCAACAAGGAAUUACGGGAACACGUGAAACGUAUUGAAAGCGAGAAGAGAGAACAAAGCAGGACAUUGGAAGAAUCGUACCAAAAGAUUGCAGCUCUGGAGGACAUGAAAGUAACUAUAGACGCGGAAAGGUCGCGUCUUCAAGCGCAACUUCGGGACAUGGAGAGAGAGGCUUCGCAACUACAAAAGCAGUUACGGUUUACGCAGGAUGAAUUGCAGAAGUGUCACGAAAACAACGAACAAGCGCAAAACGAUGAAAAAGAAUUGCAAGCACGAUUGGCGAAUGAGACGGAGGAAAGGGAGCGUUUACAAUUGCAACUGCAUCAAGUGAAGAAACAGUUGGUAGAUGUGGAUAAUAGUUUGGAAGCGACAAGGCAAGAGCUUGGAAGACUACGUUCACGUUCCGACGAGGACGACGAAAGGUGGAGGACGAGGGAGCAGGAAUUGUUAGUUCGACUGGAGGACUGUAGAUGCAAGGAAAGAAAGCUCGAAGAUCAGAAGCACAACUUGGAAGUAUGCUUGGCUGAUGCUUCUCAACAGAUUCAAGAACUGAAGGCGCGUCUUGGAGGAUCCGAGGGACGAGUCAGAGCCCUGGAUGCUCAGCUGUCGCAACUGGAAAUGGCGAAGAAGGAAACUGAACAAAAAUUGAGCAGCGUUGGUUCUACAUUACGGCGUAUCAUUGGUAUUCAAAUGGAUGGAAGUGUCAAUAUGCCUUUUAAACUGAUGAGUCCUUCGAGGAGAUGGAGUCCAGCCAGAGUUCAAGAACACGCUGACUCCAGCAGAGAUAUAAUACUCGACGUUGAUCCUGAAGCAGUUAGGAAGGGUGUGCGUUCUUUCAUGCAACAAGUGGCGCAGAUUGAACGCGAAAGGGACGAUUAUAAAACCGAAUUGUGCAACCUGAAGAAACAGUUGACGGAAACCCAAGAAAUUCAACACAAAUCAGACUCUCAAAUAAACACGUUAUUGGCUAAUAUCAGAAUUCUGCAGGAUGAAAAGAACUCGUUGGAAGUGAAACUUUCUCAAAGACAAGGCAGUUAUGACAUGCAGCUGAACGCAUUGCAACAAAAAACGGACGAAUGCGAGCAGUUACGUGAGAAGGUUGGAAACCUUGAAUUAAUGAUCAGCACUAGUGCUGAAGAAAAAGUACAAUGUGAAGAUAAGUUGGAAAAGAUGAAACAAGCUCUGAGUCGGGUAGAAAACGAGAAGCGCAAUUUACAAGAGGAACUGAACAGAAGCGAGUCUCGGGCUACCAAGCUAGAAUUACAAAGGAUGUCGUUGGACGGUGACCUUCAAAGACUGCAAAUGAUGUUCCAAGAGAAGGAAACAAAUAUUCAUAAAUUGCAAGAAAGGAACGAGACCCAGGGUCGCGCCAUGGCCAGUUUAGAGGAACGUUGUGCUUCCUUAAAAUCAACAAUAGAACAGCUGAAUUUGACGUUGGAAAAGUCAUCCAACACAGAAAGUGAAUUGAAGAGUGAAAUUAAUACCCUGCAACGUAACGUUUUGGAAUUGACCACUUCGAUACAGACGUCUAAUGAGAAGACCAAACAACUGCAGAAGCAACUGACGAACACUGAAAACGAACGGAGAGUUUUGACAGAGCGCAUAGAAUCGUUGCAGCAAUCCUUGAGCGACUUGAAGCGUACGAAUCAGACGUUAACGGAUCAGAUAAACCGCUUACAGAAUGAACUGGCAAAUAACGAAGUCCAACGCUGCACUUUGGAGUCGCAGUUGAGGAUAGCCAGUUUCCCACAAGAGGAGACUACAAAUAAGGACGAGGAGCUGCUGCGUCAAUUGCAGGCUGCACAGAGGGAGAGAAGCGAAAUGAGAGGAAAAGUGGAUGCACUCAGCGAUAAGGUGAAGAUGUUAGAAGGCGAUAAACGUAAUUUGGAACGUCAGAUGUCGUUGAUUAAGUCGACCAGCGUUCGCAGUAAGAGCUAUGAACGUCCAGAGAAAGCGCACACAGAACUAUUGGGCACCAGUUUCGAUGUGGACCACUAUGAGCAGGAGAAUAGGGAAUUAAGAUUGAAAGUCCGCAGAUUGGAAACUCAGCUGGCGGAAAAAGAAGCGGAACUCAUAAGAAUGAAAUCGAGCUACGUUCACAGCCAUUCAAUGUAUGAUUUCAGCCGAGAUAGAACGGGAGAAAUUGAGAGACUUAGAGCUGCACAGCUACAAGCAGAGAAACUGUUGGAAGCAAGAGAACAGAGUCAUCGUCAGCAAGUUUUGCGUCUGGAAAAUCAGAUUCAGUUACUACGAGAACAAUUGAAUCAAGAAAUAAAACGCAGACAGUUGUACGUGUUGCGAAGUUCAAGAGCUGGUAGGGAAAUGCAGCAACUGAGACAAGCGUUGGGCGACUCGUUGAGAACAGUGGCCCAAGAUCCAUCGCUGGACGCAGUAUUAUUAGAACACGAAGCUCGUAAACUGGAUUCGACUUUGACAAGUACCACCAGUUUACCACCGUCGUUAGCUUUACCUCCGUCAUCAGCGUACGACAGAUCUUCCACGCCCGCACAGCUCAAAUAGAUCAUCAUUCCGUUUGAAAUCGAACUAAAUACGAGAACUGCCAAUGUUUAAUCGUAUUCGCCAGAAGAAUAGCGUACAAACGAUUCUUCCAUACGUGGGAACAUGGGUCUAACGUAAUUCGUUCCAGUCCCAAGUGUACUUAAACAUUCAUUGCCAUACUGAAUCCGAGGAUCAGUGAUCUCUUUUUCUCACUGUAAGCCAUGGGUUCGUUCAUCUCUCUGAUUUUAUUCGGAAACUGGAACGUAUCAUGACUUUUUGAUAAUAAUCCACUGUACCGAGGUCUCUCUGUGCCUCUUUUUUAUACGAAUUUGGAAGCAUCCGACUAGAGAAAUUUGUUCAGCCCUCCUGACGGUAUAGAAUGAUCUCGUUAAUAAGAGAGUUCUUCCUUUUUUAAAGAACUUUUUCUAUACCCCGUACCAUUUUUUAAUGUCGUCUAAAAACUAAGACACGGAAUCGUACUUAAUCUCAAUCCGUCCAUAUGUAUGUGCUAACGUUUAUCAUUUGUCACGGUAUUUCCGUAUAAGUUAGCGUUAAAUUAUUUUAGCGUUAAUGGCUAUUGAUUUUGGAAUAUAUAUUCGGAUUGCCAAGCGUGCGCUUAUGAUCCGUAUAAUGGAAAGCACUUUCAGAGUAAGUUGUACUGGUAAGAAUAAUGCUAUCUUUAGUCUCGUCCCGAGACCAAAGAGAAUCACCAAACAAAAGCAUUGUAGAGAUAUGCUUCUGAUAGAUGAGUAACUGAAGUCUGCCGUAGCCAUAGGAAGUAGGACCAUGGUAUCGUAGAAAGGAAAUAUCAAAAGGACAACGUGCGCAGGCACGGAAUCGUCGACGAAUCGGAUUGUGUCUAUUCUUUACUGUUAAGAAUAUAGACAUCUAAUCCAGCCGAAAUAUUUAGCUGGCUUAACCAAGCUGUCCUGUUUGCGGAUCAUGGAAAAAUUCAAUUGUCCGAAGACCAUUUUUUACUUUUCUCGGUAAUAAACGUUUGCACAAUAAUAGAACAUUCUAUUGUGUUCGUGUUUUUAUACUUUUAAAACUCGAUUAUCAUAAUAUUCUUUUCUAACAGCGCAGUCAAAAUUGUUACAUGUAAUUUAAGUAUUUUUAUUUUUCUGUGCUUCAUCCUUUUUUUGUACUCAUAUUUAAAAUGGUCAUUAUCGAAAUGCGUCAUCGCCGAAAACGAUACGGUUACAAUAAAAAUUCGUCUACUUAAAUCGACGAAAAAAUAUCAAGGUAAAGAGCUUUUAUAAUUCUAGUCAUAAAGAAACUAAUGUUAUUACAUUUCUCAUUAUACGAGUAUAUUAUAUGUUAAUUAAUGUUCACUUUUGUAGAUCUAUGUAUACAUAAUAAAUAAUAAAUAAUGUACUGCAAAUUUAGUGUUUGUGUUUAAAAAAAAAAGUGAAUUAAGAUAGAGGAUUUAACUUACAUAUUG